AUGGACAUUUCUCCAGUGGGGUUGUGUCUCUAUGUUGCUCUGGUUAUGGUUCAGUGUGUUCAGGUGCAGUCUGAGCUGAGCUGUGAUCAGACAAAGUUCCUAAACCCUAAUGGCACAUGUGUGGAGUGUCCUGUAUGUGGAGCUGGAGAACAGCUCUCAGAGGACUGUGGAUUUGGAGAUGAUGGUGGAGGAGCCUGUGUGCCGUGUGACAAAGGGAAGUUCAGCUCCAAUACCGACGUGGCUCCCUGCAGAAGAUGCACCAAGUGCAGUCUGCUGAGCCGCCUGGAGAACACGGCCUGCUCCCCAAGCAGUGAUGCCCUGUGUGGCCACUGCCUCCAGAGGUAUUAUGAACUCAGGAGUGUGACUGGGGAAGUGGAGCCGUCCUGUGUGCCGUGUCACAGCCAUGACACAGUCCAUAAAGAGUGUUUGCUUUCCACAGCUCAGAGCUCCAAAGCAGGUAAGAUCCAGUGUUGACAGAUUUUUUUGUUCAAUCCAGGAGAAAAGGAAGAAGACAUUUCAGUGAUCCUGAUUGGUUCAGCAACAGCUUCCUCUGUUUUCCUCAUUGCUCUGCUGCUUUGGGCUUUCCUCCUGACUGCCAAGAGAUUCAAGCAGAUUCCAGAGUUUUGUCCUGGACCUGAGGGACUGUUGUCUGCAGCAGAUCUUCAAGGCCUGACCUCACUGAACCAUGGGAACGAGGCGCAUCCAACUUCUAUUGUGAUUAAUGUCACCACCAACAUCAAGCCCUCCAGUCAGAAGACAGAGAACAUCACACAGGAGGAGCAGAAAAGCAGCUGCUUCUCCACAGAAGAGAUGGAGCAAAAGCUGCAGACAAUAUGGGAGAAGGCUCAAGGUGACAGUGUCGAGACGCUCGACUAUGACUCAGUCCAGGACUUGUCCCUGCUCCUCGACUCUGCGGACGACAGGAAGGCGUUGAGGGGACUGGGGCGGUCUCUGGGUGUCCCGCCUCAGGUCGUCGUUCAUCUCCAAGGCUUCCAGGACCUCUUUCAAUACCUGCGCACCUCCACCUCCACACUGCUGCCCCAGCUGGCCCAGGCCGCUGCACUCUUGCCUAAUCCUGAGGUCGUUGCUAGGAUACACAGGGCUGUGGUGAACAAGUGA